AUGGAGGAGGAGCUGCACGCGCUGCUCCGCGACCUCGACGCGCUCAAGCAGCUCCCCGACCCCGCCUCCAUCGACCGGAUGCGAGAUCGCGUGGUGAAGAUGAUGGGCCCGUCCGGCGCCGCUGCCGCCUCCCGGUCGAAGAUCAAGGACAUGAGCGCGGAGGUGGUGGACAGCAACCCGUACAGCAGGCUCAUGGCGCUGCAGCGGAUGGGCAUCGUCGACAACUACGAGCGCAUCCGCGACUACUCUGUCGCCAUUGUGGGUGUAGGUGGCGUUGGUAGUGUAGCUGCUGAGAUGCUCACUAGAUGUGGAAUUGGACGCCUCUUGUUAUAUGACUAUGACACAGUUGAGUUGGCUAACAUGAAUAGGCUGUUCUUCCGCCCAGACCAGGUUGGAAUGACUAAGACUGAUGCUGCUGUGCAGACACUUAGCGAAAUAAAUCCUGAUGUCGUAUUGGAGAGUUAUUCGUUGAAUAUCACAACAGUGAAAGGAUUUGAAACAUUUUUGGGUAGUCUCAAAGCUAGGAGCUCUAAUGGGCGCAGCACUGGAGUUGAUCUUGUUUUGAGCUGUGUUGAUAACUAUGAAGCUCGUAUGGUUGUCAAUCAGGCUUGCAAUGAGCUUCGUCAAACAUGGAUGGAAUCUGGUGUGUCUGAAGACGCUGUUUCUGGUCAUAUACAGCUAUUAGUUCCUGGUGAAACUGCAUGCUUUGCAUGUGCUCCUCCAUUGGUUGUAGCAUCAGGAGUGGACGAGCGUACUCUUAAGCGAGAUGGUGUUUGUGCUGCCUCUUUGCCAACUACAAUGGGUGUUGUUGCUGGACUCCUGGUCCAGAAUUCUCUGAAAUAUCUGUUGAAGUUUGGACAAGUUUCCCCUUAUUUGGGAUAUAAUUCACUUAAGGAUUUUUUCCCAACAAUGGAAAUGAGACCAAAUCCACAAUGUUCAAACCCAGCAUGUCUUGAGAGACAGAAAGAAUAUAUGCAUUCAAAACCUGCUAGAGAUGCAGCGGCAAAGGCUAAGAUGGAAGCUGAAGCAUCCGCAGCAAUUGAAUAUCCGGUUCACAUGGAUAACGAGUGGAACAUUAGCCGUCGGAUCUAUUGGAUCGAAUGGCUUAGAGUGCAUGGAUUCGCCACUCACGUUUCUCCCGCCAACCUACAAACACCCGCACCUUCUGGAAGACUCCGUAACCCACGAUUGCCUCCUGGUCCUAGCUGGAUGCAUGGAGAAAAUUGA